UUCUGCACUCACUAAACCUGGACGUUUGAAUCAAGAAAUAGGCAGUUCUCUAACAUUUAAUGCCACUAAGUGCUUUGGCAGUUAACUUUCCUUCGUAAACUACAAACACAGAAAACUCCGCUGUUAUAACUCCUGCCUCUUCAUUUUGCCGCGCUGGACUUCUGCAGGUUUUCAGAUAGCAUGCUAGCCAAACAUCACACAGAAUAAGGGAUGAGCAGGGAAACGAGACGAAGAAAACUAGAGCCGUUCAUACCAAGCAUAAAACCCCGACAGAAACCUAACCUAUGAAGGUGUUUUAAACCAGCGCACCAUUCUCCAGACCUGGGGGCCAAGGCUUCAUCUGAAGGUUGAUAGGACCAGGAAACUGGUAAAAGAUUACCAGACUGUCAGACAGUAGACACCAAAACGGGAUUCUCAGCAGCAAAGAACUAUGAUAGUGAAUGAAUAAAACAUCAGAGGUUUCAGAUAUCAGAAUCUAGUAGAGGCUUCUGAAGAUUGGAUUUAAAUAAAGGAGCAUCUGAGCUUUACUUUUUUAAUAAGUCAGCAUAAUUCUGCUGUCACGUCCUGUACUAAGGUUAGGUGUAUGGCUCUAUGGACAGAUAUGUCUGAGCCUGCUGCUGAUACAGCUUCAUAGUUUCUCUAUAGAAUGUUAGCGUUUGGCUAGCUAAAUAAAGUGACAAAGGCCGUUGUGCUUUUCCCCUCCGUCACCAUCUCUGGCCCCUGUAAGGGGCUAUAAACUAGUUCAUCAUGGUGUCCCCUGCCCUUCCGUGAUUUCCCACUCAUAAAGUCACCUCUUUUAUCAAACAAUCAAGUAUUCACCUAUCUCUCAUAAGACUUGACUUUUAUAGUAUUAAGUACUGUAUCUUCUAGCCUAACGAAGCUCUGGUCCAGUAUGAGAUUACUUUCUUUCAUUUGAAUUCACCCCAGCCCAGCUGCCACAGUUCAGAACCUGCCCUCCAAAGUCAGUUCAACUCCAGGUCACUAAACAUUGUGGCUACUAACCAGUCGUUUUGGUAGUUCUCUUUGUUGAAUGGAAUCGGCUUAACCGUGGAGAGGCCAGGCUACCACAAACUGAUGGACUUUGACAAGCGAGGAGUGGGAGGAGGGGGUGGUGGAGGUAAGGGAGAGACAGAGGAGAGUAAGAAGAUGUCUUCAAAGACGGGGAGUCGAUCGGGGCAUGGUGGCCGGGGUGCUAGCUCUAACUCUGGAGUUUUAAUGGUGGGGCCAAACUUCCGGGUUGGAAAGAAGAUUGGCUGUGGAAACUUCGGAGAGCUCCGGCUUGGAAAGAACCUGUACACCAAUGAAUACGUAGCAAUUAAACUGGAGCCUAUCAAGUCCCGAGCACCACAGCUUCAUCUAGAGUAUCGAUUCUACAAACAACUGGGAUGCUCAGAGGGUGUACCCCAGGUGUUCUACUUUGGACCAUGUGGUAAAUACAAUGCUAUGGUUCUGGAACUGCUGGGGCCAAGCCUUGAAGAUCUUUUUGACCUCUGUGACAGGACCUUCUCUCUUAAGACUGUACUAAUGAUAGCCAUACAGCUGAUAACACGGAUGGAGUUCGUUCACACCCGAAGCCUGAUUUAUCGAGAUGUGAAGCCUGAGAACUUUUUGGUAGGCCGACCUGGCUCCAAAAGACAACACACCAUCCACAUUAUAGACUUUGGACUGGCAAAAGAAUACAUAGACCCAGAGACCAAGAAGCACAUCCCAUACAGAGAACACAAGAGUCUGACUGGAACUGCUAGAUAUAUGAGCAUAAACACACACCUGGGGAAAGAGCAAAGCAGGCGGGAUGAUUUGGAAGCUCUUGGCCACAUGUUUAUGUACUUCCUGCGUGGCAGCCUACCCUGGCAAGGACUCAAGGCUGACACUCUGAAAGAACGUUAUCAGAAGAUAGGGGACACGAAGAGAGACACACCGAUAGAGGUCCUCUGUGAAAACUUCCCAGAAGAGAUGGCCACCUACCUGCGGUAUGUGCGUCGCCUUGACUUCUUUGAGAAGCCAGACUAUGAUUAUCUGAGGAAACUCCUUACGGACCUCUUUGAUAGAAACGGAUACAUCUUUGACUACCAGUAUGACUGGACUGGAAAGCCUCUGCCCACCCCUAUCGGUCCAGUAUCCAGUGAGACUCCUCUUCAAACAAGUAACCGAGAUAAAGUGCUGCAGACCAAAAACCAGGUGAUGAGUUCAACGAAUGGGGAGCUAAAUACAGAUGACCCCACAGCAGGACACUCCAAUGCACCAAUCACAGCAAAUGCAGAGGUUGAAGUGGCUGAUGAAACAAAGUGCUGCUGUUUCUUCAAGAGGAGGAAGAGGAAAGCUAUCCAGAGACACAAAUGAAGAGAUGCCACCUCAGCCCCAUUCCCCGUCUCAGUUUCCACUUUACUCUGCCUUUAGCCCCUUGCAAUAGCUCUCUGAUUUCAUUCCUUAGUCUUCAGAACCUAGCCCUCUACUCCAGGACGUCCUGACUUGGGUCGGCUGGGCUGGCUCGACCAUUGGAAGCAGACCACGACUGCUAAGCCGACAGACUGAUUUCCUCCACUCUGGACUGAUUAGACAGACAAGAGUGAAGCAUCUGAUGUCAAGCCUCAGAGUUUGAAGUGUGGACUUACUGUACAAGGAGUUGUCUCAUUGUUAUCAUUGUCUCAAAUGGAACUGUAACUGAAAUCAGAAACUGCUGUAGGAAGCUGGUGAACACAAAAACAGAUCAAGGUCUUUGAAAGGCAAGCUUAUUUUCUGAAAACUGGACUCAGAUGGGUAACUUGCAGCCUGUCUAGUUCUCUUUAUUUUCUAAGGUUUUUCUUACUGACUGGUUCAGAAGAGAGAGAAGGGUAUUUCUUUGGUGCAGAACUUAACAAAAAGGCUAAACGACAAGAGGGUGCCAGACUACACCUGCUCACAAACAUGCACAUGUACAAACACCCUUUCCUGAGCACAUCAUAAAAAGACUUACACAACAGAAUGCAGCUCUCUAACAUGGUCGAUCUAGUUUCUGUUUCCUUGGUCACAGGAAGUACAGGGUAAGCUGCUUUGUCAGGCACCUGCAACAGACCAAGCUUCAUGUACUUCUCAGGCACAGUCACCCUCAGAUGAAAUCUCACAACCACAAGAGUCAAAACUUUAUAAAGAUGUUUAUGAGAAAGCUUUUUCCUCUUCUAAUUUUUAACUAAAAUGAUUGUCUACGGUUUGGAACCUGUUCUUUCUGUGUUUUUGAGUUGUUGGAACAGUUUGUUUUGUAGCUUCAACUGUGUUCCUUCAUGUUUUUUAAUAACUUGUAUUUUAAAUUUCAGUUUAUUUUGCCUCUUUUCUGUCCGGCUUUGAGUCGGAUAACUCCAUUAAAAAAGGAACCAAAUUAAAUAAAAGCUGAUAUUUAUUUAUAGGUUGAUGAAUAUUUGUGCAAUAUUUUUGUUCAUAAAGGAAGUAUGUCAUUAAAUCUGAUUAUUUAGGCAAAUGUGCAAAAUGAUGACACAGGCAGGCCACACUUUGGACAUGGGACUGGGGGAUUGUAACAAAAGCAUGCUUUUUUUUUUUAAUGGAGUACUUUGUGAAUCCUCCCAUAUUUUAAUUGCAGGUCUAUUAUUUAAUUUAAUUUUAAAAACUUUAUUUGUCCUAAGAGGG